CGCCAUGUCUUCCCACAAGACUUUCAGAAUCAAGCGCUUCCUGGCUAAGAAGCAAAAGCAGAACCGUCCUAUUCCUCAGUGGAUUCGGAUGAAAACUGGUAAUAAGAUCAGGUACAACUCUAAGAGGAGACACUGGAGAAGAACAAAGCUGGGUCUAUAAGGAUUCCUCUCUAAGAUUCGCAUAUGUUUAUGCUGGGAUAGACUGCUAG